AAUCUGGCUGCCGUGGCUGCCGUGGCGUGGGGUCCUGCGGAGAUCGCGCGAGUGCCGGGACACGUUGUGUUGCGUGCUGCGUCGCCGCGAGCCGGCGCGCCCGUCGCGGGCGACAGCUCUGAUCUGGAGACAGACUUUGACGAGGUAUUGCGCCGUGAACUCGAAAAGGCAUUUGCCGGGAUGAAAGUGGACGCGCUCGACGAUACGGAGGAGUCUCGAUUUCGAUUGAUCGAGGCCGAGACGCAGCGCGUCCUCUCGGCUGUCCUCGAAGAGAUGGACGCUAGUUCAGACGCGCUGCGAGCGCAGCUGGAAGCCAAGGGAGCGAGCCUGGCGGACGAGGAGACGCGGCGAAUGCUUGCGAAGCUGGAGAAGUCCACCUCGGCGGUCGACCAGACGCUACUAGCGACGCGGCGCACGGUGCGCGAGGAGAUGGCGACGCUGCGGCAGCUAAAGACCGACUACGAGAAGCUGCAGGAGGAGAAGGCGCAGGGACGCAAGUCUGGCCUUCUCGGUGCGGCCGUCCUCCUCGCUGGCCUCGGCGCAUUGAGUACCGGCUUGACCGACUUGCUUCGUGUGGCAACUGGCGCGAGUGGCGGAGACGUGGCGACGCAGGGCGCCGUCGAGGUGGUGUUUGGUCUGGUCGGCGUCUACAUCUACCAGUCGAGGCAAUGAGUCUGUAUGUUAGUUACGGGUAGUCGUGAGCGUGCACACCAGGCACACAUGAUGCAAAACGGUGUCUCGCUCUCGCCCGGGGCGCAUGUUCCAUGAAUGUGACCGGCUGCCCCUCAGGCGCGUGGUAUGAUACUGUGUACCUGCGCUGGACUAGUAAAUAAAUAAAACGGGGUUGAGCGG